AUGGUUUUUAAACCGUUUACCCAUCUCGCGCGCCAGAGUUUCACCAAAGCCUUUACUCACGGCUACGCCCAAUCUGUAGUCGCGGCGUCGCAGUCGUACGCCUCGUCUACCACCUUCAACCAGCUCGCCGUUCAACCCGCCAAACUCUCCCGCACCGCCCUCCAGAAUGCUUUCUCGAACGCGUCCAGCUCGUCCGGCGCCGGCGCCAAGGCCAGCCAGGGGGGUUCGGGGUCUGGCGAUCUCAGUCUAGCCGCCUACUAUGCUGCCUGGCAGCACGCACAGCAGACGGGCGAUGACAGUGAUUGGAGGCAGUUCCAGUUCAAGCGCCGCAUCGGCUGGAAACCGUCGGCCGAGGAUGCGGAGCAUACCGAGCAAGACCGAGUCGCCUCGUCCGAGUCCGUUCCACCCCAUCUCACCAAGGCGGCAGUGAAUGAAGAUGUCAGUGCGCAGGUAGAGGAGGCAGUGGCUCGGGAAAUCCAGAUCCAGGAGGAACAGGCGCAGGCUGAAGAGGCUGAAGAGGCCGAAGACGUGACCGAGGCGGCGGAAUCCGCAGUGGAGGAAUCCGUCACUGGAUCUGCGUCCGAUGAGGCUCAGAUUGCCUCGGAUCGGAUCGUUCAACUCGCCACGUCGAAGAGCUAUGCAGACGUCCCAGCAGCCUUCGAGUCUUUGCUUCGCGAUGGAUUGACUCCGACGGUGGAGGCAUACAACGCUCUACUGGUCGCAGCCAUCCAGCUUCACCCCGACGCCGCCCAGGCCAUCCCCAAAGCGCUCGAUGUCUAUUCCGAUAUGCUUCGUCGAAGGGUAAUUCCCGACGAAGAUACCUACCAGACCCUCGUCCAACUACUGGUUACCCGGGCGCACGACACGAUCAAGGCCAAGGAGGUGCUGGAGCAGGAGAGGGUGCGCUUUGGAGGCAUGGAGGAGCCCGGCAAGUUUAUGCUGCAAUCCAGUGAGCUGGAGCGUGACAUCCUUGCCGAAGACCACUCUUUGUCAAUUGCCGUCAAGCUUUUCGACACCGCCACGGCGCGACACUCCAGACUCGUGUUCCCGCUCGAGAUGUACCGUCAUCUCAUCAUUGCCUGUGCCGAGGAGGGCAGCGUGGAGGACAUGAUCCGCAUCUAUUCGCACAUGGAAUCGCGGAAAGUGAUUCCUCAUGCCACGAUUUUCCCGCCCAUGAUCGAUGCGUUUGCUUCUACCGGUGAUCUCAAGAGUGCCGUGGAAUGCUAUAACGAGUACCGAAGUCUCGCUGUUUCCGACGACAAUGGGGUGUUCAGCAUUGUCCAGCGCCUGGAUGGACAGGUCUAUGCCGCUCUGAUCCGUGCGUAUCUGUCCUGCGGCAAAGAGGACGGGGCUCUGCACUUCCUCGAUCGUAUUCGCACCUCGUUUGAUGAGGUAACUGAGAAUCGCCAGGACCGGUGGAGUACAGUGGAAUCUGUUAUUGUCCAGGACGCAUUGGUACAGCAUUCGCUGGAUGCUGGCGAACACAGCAAGGCUUUGGAGCAGGCGCAGACUCAGUUGCAUGAUGGCGCCCGGGAUCAGGCAAUCUCCCAAAUUUGCAUGGCCGCGGCUGAUGCCGGCGAUUUCACCACCGCAUCCGAGGCAUACGAUAGCUUGCCCACAGCGCCGGACACGCGCCAGAACCCUGCUAUUUCGCUGCUGGCGCUCCAUGUCCGUCGGGGCAAUGUUUCGGCGGCCCGUUCCUUGUGGAUCAUGCUGACCACGGUGGGUCAGGCAAUCCCGGAAAUGGUUCAGCCGACAGCUAUGUAUGGGGUUGCUCUGCUCAAGAGUGGUCAUGUGGAGGAGGGCCUGCAGGAAGCACGCAACAUGUUUGCUCGGAUCCGCGGCGCUUCUCCCGCCAACGGUGUCGCCGUUGCAGCCUUGACCCGAGAGCAGAUCACUGAGUCUCUUCACCUCUUUGGUCGCGUCCUCAUGCAGUCGGCCGCUGUUCUCUCGCCUCAGGCAGCCAUGACUCUUCUGUGGUCCAUGGUCGAGAACGGUGGUCUGGUGUCCCCGCUGGCUGAGCACGCUGUUGCCAGUCUUGGGCCCAUGGGCAUCUCGCAGCUCAGUCCCGCCGACCUCACCCUUGCCCUUCAGGUUCAAGCUGGCAUGCUGGCCAACCACACUGCCAUGCUGUUCGACGUUGCCCACCCGGUUCGCUUUGCGCACAUGCUCGAUGUAGCUCUGUCGAAUGCUCUUCCCUUGGACGCUUACACGAGUCGCCUGAUCGACCAGGCGGUUGGCAAGCUUUUCACCAGCCGACCCGACAUCGUUAAGAGAUGGCAGGAUCACCUGGAAGCGUCUACCCAGACCUCGUUCCCGUCCGAGCGCCACAGCCCUGUUUCCAUGACCGAGACCUCGAUCACGACACCGUCUUCGAGCCCCGAUUCGUUCGACCCUUACGCAUAUGCCACCGACUUCCGAGGCUCCGCUAUCAUUGCCGAUGAACUCGAGAAGACCACGGGGCGGGCCGAGACCCAUCUCAAUGAGGCCUUUAUUCGACUCAAGAACAUGCGCCGUAUCGGCCGUCAUCCUCGUUAUAUCACCUACGCGAAGCUGAUUACCGCGGCGAGCAAGGUCGGCCGUAUGGAACUAGUCCACGAGCUUCACGGUAUGGCACGGACCGACGUUCCCUUGAACCCGGCUUAUGGUGUCGUUAAAUACGGAUGGGUUUCGAUCCUCGAUGCCAUGGUGGCUGCCUGUCUCACCCUCGGUGACCGCCAGCUUGCCGGCCAACACCACCAGGAGCUUCUCGGUUUGGGUUCCGCGCCGUCAGCCAACACCUUCGGUCUCUACAUCACCACUCUGAAGGAGUCGACCAAGACCUUUGACGAGGCCACCGAGGCCCUCAAGAUCUUCCAUCGCGCGGUGGCGGAAGGUGUAGAGCCCACGUCGUUCCUCUACAAUGCGCUUAUCGGUAAGCUGGGCAAGGCCCGUCGCAUUGACGAUUGCCUGGCGUACUUUGCCGAGAUGCGUGCCAACAACGUGCGGCCCACGAGCGUUACCUACGGAACUGUAGUCAAUGCGCUGUGCCGUGUCAGCGACGAGCGAUUCGCCGAGGAGAUGUUCGAGGAGAUGGAGUCCAUGCCCAACUACAAACCGCGCCCCGCGCCCUACAACUCCAUGAUCCAGUACUUCCUGACCACGAAACGCGACCGCAGCAAGGUUCUGGCAUACUUUGAGCGCAUGCAGACCCGGAACAUCCAACCCACGAUGCACACCUACAAGCUUCUCGUUGAUGCGCACGCCUCGCUUGAACCGGUAGACAUGGAUGCUGCCGAAAAGGUCCUGCAGUCGAUGCGGGCUGCCGGGCAACAGCCUGAGGCAGUCCACUACGCAUCACUGGUCCAUGCCAAGGGAUGUGUGCAGCAAGACAUCGACGCUGCCCGCAAGGUGUUCGACUCGGUCGUAUCCGACCGGCGUGUGCGCCUGCAGCCGUGCCUAUACCAGGCUCUCUUUGAGGCGAUGGUUGCCAACCAGCGGGUCGCCGAUACCGAGGAAAUUGUGCAGGGCAUGCUGCAGCGAAGGGUCGAGAUGACCGCUUACAUCGCCAACACGCUCAUCCACGGCUGGGCCGCCGAGGGCAACGUCGCCAAGGCCAAGGCCAUCUAUGACAGAAUCGGGAUCAACAAGCGGGAGCCCAGCACCUACGAAGCAAUGACCCGGGCCUUCCUGACCUCGGAUGACCGCGCCAGUGCCGCCGGCAUCGUCCAGGAGAUGAUGUCGCGUGGGUACCCGUCCGCCGUGGCCAGCAAGAUCGUGGACCUGGUUGGCAGCCCUGCUGCCUCGGUCUGA